UCUAUGACAAAUUCAUGAUCCUCAUAUUUAAUGUCAUAGAAAAUUGUAAAGAAUUUGUGAAACUUGUAUUACGUAGUGAUUACAUACUUUUUGACUUGUAUUUAACUGAAAUAAGAAUCCAGUACUGGUCUGAGAGUAUAAGAUUUUAUAUUCAAGAUUUGCAAAACAUGUUCAAGUCCUUAGUGUAUUCAUCAAUAAAAGGUAUCAAUAUAAAUCGAUAUUUUACCACUCUACAUGGUCAACUAUUUACUUCACAAGUUCAUGUCGCGAAUCUAACAAAUGGAAUACGAGUUGCGACUCAAGAAACUGACUCACCUUUGGCCUGCACUUCGCUUUUCGUUAAAACAGGGUCAAGAUUCGAGAAUGCUUGCAAUAAUGGCAUUACUCAUUUCAUAGAGCACAUGGCCUAUCAAGGCUUCAACACUUUGUCUAAAUCCAAUUUGCAAGAAUAUAUCAGCAGCAGUGGUACGAAACUGACUGCUUUAACUACUAGAGAAUACCAGGUGUUUACAGCCAUAAGUUCCGCGGAACACGCCCCAGAAUGUGUCAAUAUCCUAAUAAAACUUUUAAUAGAUCUUCAGUUAUGCGACUCAGAUAUCGAGCUUCAGAAAGAAUACGUUUAUUCAGAAGCGCUUGACGAGGAUAAAAAUCCUAAAUCUGUAGUUUUCGAUUAUUUAAACCAAACUGCUUUUCAAGGUACACCUCUAGCCCAAAGUGUUAUUGGUCCAAGCAGUAUCAGAUUGACGUUUGAUCGGAACACAUUAUGUGAUUAUAUUGAAAAAAAUUACCAUCCCCAUAGACUUCUCUUCGUUUCGAGCGGUUGUACAUCACAUUUAUCGAACAUGUGCGAAAUUAAUAAUCGUCUUGGUAAUCUGUCGCCAUGUGUUUCCGAGUGUGCUGCAGACUAUGCGCCGAAACGUUUUACAGGAUCCUCGAUUAUUUACCGCGAUGAUUCAAUGCCCUAUGCUCAUGUUGCUCUCGCCGUUGAAGUGCCAGGGUAUGAUAGCUCGGAAUAUUUACCACUUUUUGUAGCAAGCUGUUUGACAGGAUCGUGGGAACGAACACAAGGUGGGACUGACAGACAUGGUUCUCCGUUAGCUCGAGCUGUUGCUACUUCUAAGCUUUGUGAGAAGUUCGAAUCAUUUUAUAUAGCAUACCAAGACACAGGUCUGUGGGGAAUAUAUUUCAUUGGGAAGAGGAUUGGGUUAGAUGAUAUGAUCUAUAACAUACAAGAUCAAUGGAUGCAAAUGUGCACCACAAUUAGUAAAAGUGAUGUCCAGCGAGCAAUAAAUGUGGCCAAACUUAAAUUGGCGAACAACAGAGCUGGUGUAAUACGUUCCUGUUAUGACAUUGGGCUACAAUUAUUACACAAACCUAACUGGAAAUCUUUGGGUGACCUUUUUAAUGAUAUAAAUAACUUAUCGCACAAAGAAAUUAAGAAUUUGGGUCAUAAAUAUAUAUAUGACAAGUGCCCCGUCCUUGCUGCUAUUGGUCCUACCGAGACUUUACCAGACUAUAACAGGCUCAGAGCCGGCAUGUAUUGGUUAAGGAUGUAAACUUAGUAU